AUGCAGCCCAAGUUCCUCUCCCUCCUCGCCGUUAUGGCUUCUACGGUCCUCGCCGAGGUCAAGCACGUCGAGGUCGUCCACGUCUUCCAGACCCUCAACGUCCGAGCCCCAGCCAUGGGCUUCACGCCUCACAAGCGCAGCGCCCAAGACCUGUUUGUCCGCGCCAAGGAUGACGACGAGUGCGCCAGCUCCGUCCUCGACCUCCUCAAGGACAUGCCGACACCCACGGGCGACCUCCUGGACUGGUUCCUGAGCGACGUCCCCACCGCUGACCCCUGCAAGCUCACCAUCGCCGCCUCGCUGUCCAAACCCUUGGAGACCUAUCUUACAAAGGUUGGAGACUAUCUCGUCAGCGUCAACGACGAUGCCGAAGAACUUGUCAAGGAGUGCAGCACCAUCAACCCUCAGGCGGGAGGCCUUGUCCCUGAAUGCUCCGGCGGCAAGGGCAGCAUGGUCUUUACCGAUGCCAGCACCACAAGGACUGCCUCCCUGGAGUAUGUUACCGUCGGCGGUAGCGGUAACGCUGCUGCUCCCCGAGCUACUGGCAUGGCCGGUGUUGUCGCUGCUGCUGCUGUUGGUGCUGCAGGUGCCCUCAUGGCUCUGUGA